AUGAGACAUCGGAUCGUGACUCACACUUAUACCAUCUUAACCUUUUCCCUUCGUACGUGCCUCUUAUGUAUCGAGUUACUCUUCUUCCUUUUCUUUCUUUUUUUUGUUGUUGUUGUUUUCUUUUUCCACCUCUUGAUCACUUCUUUUUCUCAAAGUCAUUUCUUUUCUUUCUUUCUUUUCCCUUCCCAUUCUAUCUGUUCUCCUUCUUUGAUACUCCUCUUUCUUUCAAUUUCGCUUAUUUAUUUAGCUCCGGCUUUCUCGCAACUUUCUGUCGAUUUUAAUUCUUUAUUUUAUUCUUUCUUUCUUUCUGUCAAUUUUCCUUACUUGUUUUGUGUCUCAAUCCUUUCUCCCAGUAUCCCCUUUCUUUAUUCUAUCUUUUCUCCUACUUACCUUUCUUUCAAUGUUACUUCUUUAUUUGUUUCUUUCUUUAUCUCUUUACCCGCCGCUUCCUUGCUCCUUUCUGACAAUUUUAAUUCUGUUUCCUUCUUUCUUUCUUUCUUUCUUUCUUUCUUUCUUUCUUUCUUUCUUUCAAUUUUAAUUCUUUUUUUGUUGCCUUCUGUUUGUGUGUGUGUUAUUUCCUUCUUCUUCUUCUUCUUCUUGUUUUCCUCCCCUCCUCCUUCUCUUUCUUCCCCUCCUCCUUCUUCUUCUCCUCACUCUUCUCCUCCUCCUCCUCCUCCUUCUUCUUCUUCUCCGCCCUCUCCUCCCCCUCCUUCUUUUCCUCCCCUCCUCCUUCUCCUUCUUCCAUCCUCCCUCUUCUCCUCUUCUUCUUCUUCUUCUUUUCCUCCCCUCCUCUUCCUCCUUCUUCUUCUUCUUCUUCCUCUUCUUCUUCUCCUCCCUCUCCUCAUCCUCCUUUUCCUCCCCUCCUCCUUCUUCUCCUCCUCCUCCUCCUCCUUCUUCUUCUUCUUCUUCUUCUUCUUCUUCUUCUUUAUCGCUUAA